AUGCAAUCAGAAUUUUCAUCAUUUAUAAAUGAGGUUGCUGAGGAAGAUCAGACGAAUAAUUUCACAACAAAUGAAAGUUUUUCUUCUCGUGAAAACUUAAUUGAAUGGAUAAAAGGGAUUGCAAAUGAUCUAGGAUUUGUUGUGGUGACUAUAAGAUCCGAUAAAGCUACCGGUCAACCUGGGAGGAAGACGUUUGUGUUGCUAGGAUGUGAAAGAGGCGGAAAAUAUAGAAAAUACAAACCCGACCAACCUAGUGCAUAUGGCACCCGAAAAUGUGAGUGUCCUUUCCAGUUAAGGGGCAAACCAUCUGGUAAUGGCGAUGGGUGGGUAUUACAAGUGAUAUGUGGAUACAAUAACCACGAUUUAGCAAAAACUUUAGUCGGGCAUCCUUAUGCUGGUAGGUUAAAUCCUACUGAACAAGCAGUACUUGUUGAUAUGACUAAAAUUCAAGUAACACCAGCAAAUAUUUUGUUGACUCUGAAACAAAAUAAUGAGCAUAAUGUAACUACAAUAAAACAAGUUUACACAGCAAG